CAUGUGUACAUGUGUAAAGAAAAAAAUCGUCUCUCCAAAGCCAUACAAGCCCGCCCGUUUUUCUGAAUAUAUGAAUUUAGUGUGUGUGAAGCAAAUAUUAUACAUAUUCGUGAAAAAGUUAUUCAAACGCAGUGUAAAUAUAGAAAACCGCCUCUUAAACCCAUAAACUUUAAUUAGUAUAUUGAAAAAUACCUGUUUUCGAGCAUAAAAAAAGGUCUCGAAAAAGCAAAAAGGUGUUGCUUAACAAAAUGGCGAAAGUGACGAAAAAUUCAAGUGCACUGGGAACACUAGUUUGAAUGCCAACAAUGAUUAGUUGGGGUUUUCGUUAAAAUCUGAGGAUUUUCGAGUAAAAUACAUUAAGAAAUUAUACCUCAAAAGAGGUCCUUAUUUUGCCACGAGUUUUUUUUGUGUUACUACAAAAGAAAAAAGCCAUAAAAAAUCUCGGGCGACAGUCUCAUCCAACGCAGCGGCAAUUCAAUUCACACAUACGACCGACCGAGUAUUAUAUUGUGAGUGAUGUGACGUAGAGGACAACCCAUACGGUUUUUGAUUUUCAAAAAAAAAAAGAUAAAUGUCUCUUCGCAGUUGAUUUUAUGAUAGAUCUCGGAAAUAUUCCAUAAAACGUAAUAGAAAUUGAUAUUCUUUGCACAUAUGUAAGUUUAUCAAAAAAAGUGGUAACAUUAAAAAUAAACGCUGAAGUACGAGAUAUGAUAGAGAGGGGAAAUAAACUCGGCCCAGACAAAAGGUUGUGAAAAUUUGCUUGCGGAGCGAUAUUUUAUUAAUAUUUUGUGCUCUAAAUAUUACAACGAAUACUUCACAUUGCCUUGUGUGAAUUGCCAAAGGAUUUUUAAAAGUAUCAAAUAACAUUCAGACUCCGUGGAAGAAAAAUACACUAUAAAAAAGUGUAAAAUGCAAAAAAAUCCAAUGAGAAAACGACGUAGCUGUAAUUUACAAAAACAAAAAUUUGCAAAAGUCUACCACCAGCAAGAACAACUACAAUUAUUAAAGAAAGCGUCACUGUUAACAACAAAAGUUACUAUAAUCGACAAAAGAUACAAACGUUAGAAAUUUUGAUGCACUUUGUCGUCUCUGCACAACACCAAUAAAUAUAUUGGUUUAUUGGAGCCAAGCAAACAGCACAAAUUCUAUUAGAUUUGCAGAGGAGGCAAGCACACAUUCUCAAACGGCUAGACCACAACUCAUAAUCAACUCGUUUUAGAAAGCAUUCGGAGCGGAGCAUAAACGAAGUAGAAGAAACUCUUAAGCUCAACAGUUUUAAGUCUAAACUACAAAAGUGAAACCUUUAAAAAUGAUGAAACGGACUCGCGAAGAGGUACAGUAUGGUGCACGUCCCGGUCCAGGGGGCGUGGGCGGCAGUGGUGGCGGAGGAGGUGGAGGCAGUGCAGCUGGCGGUAAUGUUGUUACAGCGGGUUCAGCGAGCGUUACCACAGGGGCCAUAAAUAUUGGCACAAUGGUGCCCGGGACACAUGCAACGGCCGGUGGCACGACUUUAAGUGUCGGUUUGGGAACUGGCAAUAUAGCAACGGCAGGUUCCAUUGCCCACCAUCGUAUAUUAACCCCUCAACAUGGCGGUGCCCAAACAAUAGCCUAUCUACCUUCUACCACACCAGUAACGGCAACAAAUCUAAAAACAUCAAGUGGAGGCAUUGUCGCUGACAGCAGUGCUGGCGGUAAUAAUGAUGGAAAUGCGACCACAGUGGGCAGCGGAGUUGGAAGCAGGAUAACGCAGCUCGGAGGAAAUACUGUGGUUACUUCUGGAGGUGGUGGUCCUGGUGCUGGUGGCAAUGCAAAUACGAUAGUCCAACAACAAGCAGUUCAAUAUUCAACUUCCUAUAACGUAUCUUCCAUACCAACCGGUGGUACUCUAAAAACUGGGCCUGAUGGAGCAGUGCAAAUUCAUGUAACUGGUGGCGCCGCAGGCACAGUACCAAUUGUUGCCAAUCCCACAGUGCCGCAAACAACGAAUUCCGUUCGCCAACGUACAAUAAGCGGAACAACACAGAGUAGUAACAUCUCUUCGUCGUCACAGACCAUGGUACAACAACAGGCUACAGGUGGGGGCCAGGGAACUACCAUAAGCAGUGGGCCUUCGUCAACACCGCAACCUGGGCAACCAGGUGCACCGCCACGCCUAAAAGUAGAAGAUGCCCUGAGUUAUCUGGAUCAAGUUAAAUAUCAGUAUGCAGAUCAACCACAAAUCUACAAUAAUUUUCUCGAUAUCAUGAAAGAAUUCAAAUCACAUUGCAUUGAUACUCCUGGCGUCAUUCAAAGGGUUUCUACAUUAUUUAAAGGUCAUACGGAGUUAAUUUAUGGUUUCAACAUGUUUUUGCCGCCCGGUUAUAAAAUUGAAAUCCAUUCGGAUGAAUUGGGAUGUUCGGUGCCAGUUGUGUCAAUGCCAUCGCCACCAGGCUCAGCGCCAGGCAGUGGCACAACAGUGCAUGCAGUCUCGGGAACAGCAAUGAAUAUUGGCCAUAAAAUAGGUAGUAACAGCGGGUCCGCCCCAGUGCAACAUCAAUUGCAAACAGGGACCACGGCGGGAGCUGUCAAUUUGAUGACCCACGGUGGUACAUCGCUUUCGCAAACUACUAUACAUGCCUUACAGCCACCAGCACAACAAUCUCCAAGCCCAGCGGCUGGUGGGGGGCAUACUCCAACACAUGUACCACCCCAUGCCAGUGCGUCGCCAGCCCCAGCCCAAGUGACGGUAGCAUCCGUUAAUGCAGUUCCCCCCUCAAAUAUGCCACAGAAUUAUUCUCGUGAUAGGGACCGAAGCGUGGCUAUGGCAGCAGCAGCAGCAGCUGCUGUUAAUAUUGCUCCCACACCCGGAGGUAUUGUCGUUGGUGGCCCACCCACACCUAAUUCAUUAAAUGAGAUGGGACCUCAAACUGGAGCUCAAGGUCACCAUAAUCUUCUUCAUAUGUCGCAAGCUCAUCAAUCUAUGAUGAUGGGCGAAGCUGCACCCACACCCGGGGCCGCACCACAGCAGCCAGUUGAAUUCAAUCAUGCCAUAACAUAUGUCAAUAAAAUCAAGCUUCGUUUCCAAAAUCAACCCGAAAAGUACAAAAAGUUCCUGGAGAUUUUACAUACAUACCAAAAGGAACAAAAAGUCAUCAAAGAGGGUUCCACAGGUGUAAAUCAAGGAAAAACUCUAACAGAACAAGAAGUCUACACCCAAGUAGCAAAACUUUUCGGUCAAGAUGAGGAUUUGUUGCGAGAAUUUGGACAAUUUCUACCAGAUGCUACCAAUCACCAGGCCCAACAAUACAUGACCAAAUCCCAUAAUGAUCAUAAGAGAGCAACUACGGCGGCCUUAAGUGGCGGCGCACAUAUAACUAUGUCACCUGCAGGAGGUGCACCAGCCGCUGGGUCACCGCUUCAUCUUAGCAGUGGCGCUACUCUUUCACAAAUCAAUACAACAGCUCAUGCGGCGGCUUUGGCGGCAGUAAAUACCAGUGUAAGCCUAAAAUCAUCGUACAAUAACGCCCAACAAAAUCAUAUUAUAAAUAGCGCUCGAGGAAACGAUGCCAGCGGAGGUGGUGGAGCCCCACCUGUAGGGGGUGUCAGUGUUUCAAGCGCUAAUGAUAUUAUGUAUGAUAAAGAUUUCCGCGGCAAUGUGCAUGUAAACUUGCACCAUCAAAGUGCGGGAUCGCACCAUAUUGCUGGCGGCGGUAACACUGCAACGGGUAACUUAAGAGGAGGUACAUUUGACUCAAAGGACUCUCAUCGAAGCAAUCAUCAUGCCUCCGUGGUAACCGGAACGCAAAAAUAUCUCUCACAUCACCACCAUACCCAUAAUCAAGCGACAGGCCAAGCAAAUAUGAGUCAUAAUAUGGCAAACAUGGGCAGCGGCAUAUCAAAGAAAUCUCCAAGUUACAGUGGUUUACCGUCAAGUAUAACGCCGGGAGGAAUGCCACCACACAUGACUGGAGGUUCAACAAAUGUUUCCAGUUUAAAUUAUGCUCCUUCCCCAGCCAACUCCUACCAUAAUCAAAUGACCCAUGCUGGUUCGCGUCGACAUGCAGUGGAUGAUGUUGGUGGUGUAGGUGGAUUGGGUGUGCCGCCCACAAAAAGACAUAAACCCAUAUGUCGCGACAUUUCAUUCUCCGAAGCGUCGCGUAAGUGCAGUAUUCAAGAUGCAGCCUUCUUUGAUAAAGUGCGAAAAUCUUUACGCAAUCCAGAGGUCUAUGAAAAUUUUUUGCGUUGUCUAACUUUAUACACGCAAGAAAUUGUUUCCAAGACUGAACUCUUAACAUUGGUAACGCCGUUCCUCAGUAAAUUUCCCGAACUGUUUCGUUGGUUCACAGACUUUUUGGGUCCUCCCAUAUCUCAAGUGACAGGCUCAACAUGUCAUACUGGUGGCCAUCUAGAAGGUAUACCCUUGCAAGGAGCCCAGCGACACGGCGGCGUAAAUAGCAAUUCUGGCCCAUCGGCUCAUGGUGGUCUUGGUGAUCGUCAAAAUAGUUUACAAAACACAGAUCAUCAUCAGGAAAUCGAUUUGGCGUCUUGUAAACGCUUGGGCGCCUCCUACUGUGCAUUACCUCAAACGACAAUACCGAAGAAGUGUUCUGGUCGAACGCCAUUGUGUCGAGAAGUUCUCAAUGACAAAUGGGUAUCAUUCCCAACCUGGGCAAGCGAGGAUUCAACGUUUGUUACAUCGCGUAAAACUCAAUUCGAGGAGACAAUAUACAGGAAUAUUCACAGAACUGAAGAUGAACGCUUUGAAUUGGAUGUGGUCAUAGAAACUAACAGCGCCACGAUACGCGUUUUGGAGGGAGUACAAAAGAAAAUGUCACGCAUGUCACCGGAAGAUUUGGCCAGAUAUCAUCUCGAUGAUUAUUUAGGAGGUACCUCGCAGACCAUCCACCAAAGAGCCAUCUAUAGGAUAUAUGGUGAAAAGGCUGGUGAAAUAAUACAAGGCCUGAAAAAGAAUCCCUCGGUGGCCGUUCCCAUAGUUUUAAAACGUCUAAAGGUCAAAGAGGAGGAAUGGAGAGAUGCCCAAAAGAAUUUCAAUAAACAAUGGCGAGAACAAAAUGAAAAGUAUUACUUGAAAUCAUUGGACCAUCAAUCGAUCAACUUUAAACCCAAUGACAUGAAGGCUUUGCGUUCGAAAAGUCUAUUCAAUGAAAUCGAAACUCUUUAUGAUGAGCGUCACGAUCAGGAAGACGAAAAUGGAGAACCUAUAAGUGGGCCUCAUUUGACGUUACCAUAUAAGGAUAAAACGAUUCUGGAUGAUGCAGCCAAUUUAUUGAUACAUCAUGUUAAGAGACAAACAGGCAUACAGAAGCAAGAGAAAACCAAAAUCAAACAUAUUCUGCGACAAUUUGUGCCCGAUUUAUUCUUUUCAACAAGACAGCCAUUAAGUGAUGAUGAAAGAGAAGAUGUAUUCCCAUUUUUAUUAGAUGAUAAUGAUAAAAUGGAUGUGGAUUCGACACCUUGCAAACAAGAUAAAAAUAAAAUAGGAGUGUCAACAUUAUUAUCAGCAUCUUCGACAUCCUCCCCACCUGCAACAACAUUGGCAACAUCAACAUCAGCAGCUACGACGGCGGGAGCGGCAGUGCCCGCUAUUAAGACGGAGGCGGAAGCUUUGGAUUCAAAAGAUGCCAUUUCUAGUAUAGCAAAUAACGCAUUAUUGGCAGAAGCUGCCUCGGCUACAAACAAUGGGAACACAAACAACUCCUCCUCCUUACCUACUUCGGCGAUAACAGUUCCUACGGCGGCAUCUUUAACUGCAGCUGCAACAACAGCAGGCGUCGGAGCUAUUGAUAAAGGCUCGGACGCGAAAAGUGGCGUUGUGGAUUCUUCAAAAGAAUUAAACACGGCUGUUGUAAAUAGUUUGACCACCAGCACAGCUAGCACCACCUUAAGUUCGGGCGAUACAGCUGCUGUUAGCAGUAGUACAUCAGCAGCGACUAUGAUUACUUCAGAUCUAAGUACAAAUUUAGUAAAUUGUGAUUCCAAGAUAAAUUCCGCCGAAACAACAUCUUUUGCUACAACUGUGUGUACAGCGGUUUCAACAGCGGCAACGAAUGCCCUGUCAUUAUCGACUUCUACGGCAGUAAGUGCUGCUAUAUCCACAUCAACGCCCAGUAGUAGUAGUACGGGGACAGCAGCGGCUGAUAGCAUUAAAACCGAAAUUAAACAGGAGGAUGAAGAAAUGCCAUCAACAGAUAUUCUUGUACCACCGCAUGCUAUAAGCAAACACUUGGACGAGGCCUACACCCUAUUCUUUGCCAAUAACAACUGGUAUUUGUUCUUCCGCCUGCACGCAAUACUUUGCGAACGUCUGCGCGCCAUGUAUGAACGUGCACAAAUAAUAGCUGCCGAAGAAGAGAAAUACAAGCAAAAUCGUCGAGAAAAUAUUGCACAAGCCUUAAGACUGAAACCAAAACCCGAGGUUGCCGUUGAAGAUUACUAUCCGACAUUUUUGGAUAUGCUUAAGAACGUCCUAGACGGCAAUAUGGACUCAAAUACAUUUGAGGAUCAAAUGCGUGAAAUGUUCGGCAUUCAUGCAUACAUAUCAUUUACCCUAGAUAAAGUUGUAUCGAAUGCCGUGAGACAGUUGCAAAAUUGUGUCACCGAACGAACAGCAUUAGAAUGUGUUGAACUCUACCAUCAUGAACAGAAGAAAGGUGCCGCUGGCGGAUUGUGUCGCAAUGCCCACAAGACAUUCAAUGCUGAAAUGCAAUACCAACAUAAAGCCGAGGAGAUAUUGCAUGAGGAAAACUGUUUCAAAAUUUAUAUCUACAAAAUUGAUUGUCGCGUCACCAUUGAACUGCUGGAUACUGACAGUGAUGAUAUGACGGAACGUGAAAAGCCUGUAAAUAAAGUCAAAUCAUGGUCGAAAUAUGUAGACCGCCUCGCAAAUCCCUCAUCCGCAAAUAACAGCCAUAAUACAACCAAUGCCAAUUCACCAAAUUCUAAUAAUAACAACAAUUCGACGUCAAACAUGGAUGCCAGCAUCAACAACGAAAUUAAAUCGGAAAGAUGGGACGAGGAUGGAUUGGAUUUGCAUUUGCCUCGUAAACCCAGAUUCUUACAACGUAACAAACGUUCAGCCUGCCUGAGAGCGGAGCAAAUGCGUUUGAUGCAAGAGAGAAAAGCUCGUUUUACAAAUGCCGCAACUGGCGGUGGCGGUAGUUACUCAACAGCAACAACAACAUCGGAUUCAACUGGUGGUGCAACGUCGGGAAGUCCCGCGGAUAUGACUGCGGCGGAUCUAAAUAGUUUCUGGAACAAAAGACCCCCUGAACGUUUAGGCAAUGCAUCUUUAGUGUGUCCCGGUGGUGAAACAUACAUCAUAAAUGAUCGUGAUGAAAUCAAGUUGAAUGCUUCCGGCCGCCAGGUCUUUGUAAUAAAUAAGAAUCUCAAAUUUUUCAAAUUGGACUCCGUGAGGAAAGCAAAAAUGUGUCAUCUGCGUAUAACGCAGUCUAAAUUUAAACGUUUCCAACAUUUUGCACAAAGUUGGCUUUCUGCUCAUGUAUCACCUGAACAACAGCAACAAUGCAACGAGUGGUUACUUGGCAACAAUAUCAACAAUAUAACCAAUAGUGGUGGUGGUGGUUGUUCUGGCUCUGCAGCUACCACCAAUAGUUGGUCAAUGCCGAAGACAAAAGUUAUCAUACAAAAUGAUUUAAAGAAAACUCCUUAUCGUCCAUAUCAUCGUUACAAGGUAUCAAGCAUAGGCGGUGCAGUGCCAGCUGCUGUUGGAACCAUCAACAUAACCAAUGAGCAAUGCGUUAGCACUGGUGGUUGUGGUACAGCUAACCUAAUGGCAUCUUCUUCAUAUAAUAGCACACCGUCAGCGAUGCCAGCAUCAACGACUUUAACAAGCACUUCAACAUCAGGCAUAAAUUUAAAUACCUUAGCCAAUGUUACAGCGCUCAAUGUUGCUGCGUCACUUAAUAGCAAUGAUGCUGCUGCUACCACAAUGGGGGGCAGUAACACAAACAACACCAAUGUAGUAACUUCUUCCGCAAAUGUGGCUACAAAUUUGGUGACAACUGCUGGGCCACAUUGUAACAGCGUGGCCGGUCUGUCGCAGACGACGGCAGCAGUGGCUCAAGAACCCGCUCAAGUUCGACCCAUGGAAAGUUAGAAGGUCCUAAUGCCUGCUGACAUGUAUUGAAAGAAAUAAAAAAAAACCGCUUCCAUAUGAAAUUAUAUGAAAUGAUUCAUCUUGCAUUUUUUGUCUAGAGUAUAGUUUUUUUUAUUUAUAAUUACACAUUAAUUAAUAAGAAAUUCCCUUCCGGUACUUUAUUUAUAUAUUGUAAAAAGAUCAGCAAUGAUUUCUUUUUAUCUAUUAUUACAAAAAAAAAUAUUAAUUUAUAUACUGCUACUUUACAUACAUGUACAGAUCCAACAACAUCCUCAUCAAGCGAAUCUUUAUUAGUAUUUUUGUUUUGUUUUUGUAACUUAAAAUAAACAAUAUAGUUUUUUCUCGUUUUUCAGUUUUUUAUGCACACGCAUUAAUAAACAACAAAAAAAGCAAGGAAAUACCUAACCAUCAAUCUACUACUUAACUAUUAUUGUAGUAGUUUUUUUUGUAAAAAUAUUCUAAAAUUUACAUCAAUAGCACUUUUAAUUCAUUCAUUUUUAAAUGCAUUAAUUUUUUGUUUAUACUUUUAAUAUACUUAUCUUACUCUACAUUACUUUAAGCGCAUUCAAUGUUAUGCUUGUACGUAGACAGAGGAAAUUCUUUUUUCAAUUGGUCUUAUAGAAAAAAAGAAAAAAACAAAACGUGUUAGUGCUCAUUUCAUUCUAUUUAAAAUGAAAUCACCUCCCAUAGAUCUUAAGUCCUAGAUGGUUUAAAUAAAAUUAACCAUAAAGAUAAUCGCUAAGAUCAUAUAUUUAUAAAAAUACAUGCAAAAUCUUCAUUCUUUAUUAGCUAUAGUGUUUUAAUUUUAGUUUGAUUACACUAUUACAAAUGUUAAGUCAUAUUAUCCAUGCUACUUGUAAAUGUUAAUAAUAUUAAUGAAAUGAUAAAUACUUUAUGUGCAACCGCAUAUAUAUAUAUAUAUAUCUUUAAAGAAAUAGAAAAGAAACUAUUAAGUAAAAAAAAUAGUUUGAAGAAAAAUAAAGAUUUUAACAUUUUUAUAAAAAAAAUA